AAUCUCUCUCAUUGAAAUGACACUUUAGGAAAUCUUACCUUGAUUCGUUUUUUUUGUUUCUGAAAAGGAGAAAAUUGUGAAAACCGAAAUAUCUGUUGAAAAAAUCGGACCAAAAUCUCUUUUUCUCGAACAAAAAUACGCAUAAUUAUUCCUCUGAUUCUUUUUCUUUCCUUGAGAUUUUAUUCUUCUGAAUUCUGAUUCUAUACUUAUUAUUUCCUUCCUUCUAUAUAAACCCAUCUUCUUCAUAAGUAACUCACCGACCCUCUUCCUUCAUCAGUUCUUCCAAGCAUAUACAUAGCCUAGCCGGAAAUGUCAGUUUCUCAAGCAAGCUCAGCAAUGUCAAACAAUGAAGGUGGCUCAGAUGCUUUACAUAUCUUGGCUGUUGAUGAUAGCUCUUUCGAACUGAAACUAGUUGAAAGGUUACUUAAAAAGUCUUCAUACAAAGUUACCACUGUAGACAGUGGGAAAAGAGCAUUGGAAUGGUUAGGCGAAGGAAAAGAAAAUUGUAAUAAGAAAGUGAAUAUGAUCAUAACAGAUUAUUGCAUGCCAGAGAUGACGGGAUAUGAUCUUCUUAAAAGAGUUAAGGAAUCCUCGACUCUGCGUGAAAUCCCAGUAGUGAUUCUAUCUUCAGAAGAUGUCCCAACUAGGAUCAGCACAUGUUUGGAGGAAGGGGCUGAAGAGUUUCUGUUGAAACCACUAAGAAAAUCCGAUAUAUCACGUCUUCACAGCCACAUGAUGCGUUAGGCCAUGAACUUCCAGUUUAAUCUAUAAGGAAGAGUCAUAGGUUAGGGUUAAUCUAAAGAGUUAAUUAAGAAUGUGGGGGUUUAGUUUUUGAUGUAUGUAGCUCCUAAUGCUGGUAAUGAGCAGUAAUAUUGACAUAGAAAUACGUUGUGGAAGCUUUUGGGAUCAUAAGGAAGAAACUUUAUUUAUAAUUUUAUUUUGUUAUGUGGAAAGUUUGACCGAAGUGGACUCCAAAUCUCCAUACUGUCAUACAAUUACAAGACAAUGAUCUGCUAGUAUUUUGUGGGUGUAGCGGCCUAGCGGGUGUGAUAAGAUGGUUUCCUCUCCAAUCAAACUUUAUUGACAAGCCAACCAUAUCCGGUGGUUGGUAUGCUCCCUCCCACUAUGGAGGUAGGAGUUCAAAAAAAAGAAAAAGAAAAAAGAAAAACUCCUAAUAAGGAGUUAAGAUUAUAAGAAUGU